AUGGCAAAACUCACUGAUGAUGCCGACUACGAUGCCGGCGAACACAUUGAGAAUGUACCAAGUCCACUGUCUGAUGCUGGGAAUCAUGACAACUACUAUGGCAGACGACUUCGGACAAGGUGGGUUCUACUAAGUCGCCAUGACAACAAGACCAAUUUGCGACAACGAGGUCAACCCAUUCUUAUAAAUCGAAAUGAGACUGCGACCAUACCAGAGGCCGCAACAUCUUGA